GAAAGAGCAAUACCUCUAACACGGCCUUGUUUCUGCCAUUUACGAGGCAUCUGAAAGAUAAACUCCUCCAUUUUCUGGUAGUCUAAAUUGAGCAGACGCCCAAUUAAUCUUCUUUUAUUCCUUUCAGUCUAACUAAACUCAGGAAGAUUUGACAUAACAAAGGGUACAUCAUCAUCAUCUUCAAGCGACAUGGCCAUCAAGGCCUUAUCCAUCGCCGCCGACAUCAGGUCUUCUUCAAACUCUUAUCCAAAACCUCCAAUCGAACCAAGCAGAGACAAUCAAACAUAAUCGAAAGAUUACAGAACUUUUUAACUCUGAAACUGUGCUUCUCUCCUAAAAGUUUCAACACCACCUUUUGGAGCAGAAGGAACUGGAUCACCUUCUUAGGGAAACAAGGUCAGAUCUUAAGAAACCGUAGCUUCAAAACAGAUUCACGAAGCCGGUAACUUCAAAGCUUCACUCAAAAUUUUAUCGCUUUUGUUAUCGCUCUUUUUCCACUCUUUCUCACUAAACGACAAAACUCACCGCUCGCAUCAAGAGCCCAAAUCGUAAUUCGAUAAUAAGAGUCCUUAUUUAGGAUUUAAAAAAUAAAAAAAUAAAAAAAUUCAGCUUUUCCUCCUAAUAUUCGGCUUUUAUAUAAAAUAAUCUCUUUCAUAAAAAUAUCCUUAAGCGGCAAAAUAGCAUUUGUAUACGUAUCAAGUUCCGACAGAACUUUGAGUUAAGCAGCCGUUCUUUCCCGCUCUUAUAAAGCACCUCUUGAACAUCUCUUCCUAUAGUUAGUUCAUCAGUCUUUCUAGUUAGUUCAAUAUCAUGAGUAAUAUGAACAACGACCAAGAAAGCAUUCAGUUUUGGUCCUCACUUCUCCACUCCGUUGCUGAUUCCGACCCUAAGGAUGAUCACUUAUCCGAGAUCAGUAGCCCGAUAAUGGUGAUGUCUACAUCGAUGGCUAUAGAUGUUUCACCUAAACCUUUUAAUGCUCCUAGAGAUGGACAUAAGGCUGGACCGCAAAAAGCUAUAGCCGAAACUGGAGAUAUAAGCAUUGAUGAGGGUGGUCAGAGAUCUGCUGAAAAGCAUAUUGAGGUGAUAAAGAAAGAAGGUGAAAAAGAAGAAAUAAAGAAUUUUGGUAAGAAUAAGAGACCACGUACUAAUGAAGCUCGUAAUACUGCUGAGAAGAGGAGACGCACCGAUAUAAAAACUAAAAUUGAAAAUCUGAAGCAGUUGACACCUAAUUGCAAAAAGAGAGACAUAGCAUCGACACUUGAUUGUAUCAUAGAUAAUAUACGCUGGAUGAAGCAUUAUGUAGAAAGUCAGAGCAUGGGUCCCAUGUUACCACUUGGAAUGAAAAUGGAUUUUCCGGCACCAUGGUUCCCUUCUAUUCCUCCCAACUUUAUCAUGCCGCCGUUCAGUGGUUUUACCCCAGGAGAAACUAGCUGUGCCUAUGGCAAUCAAAAUAUUGAACCUUCUACCACCAAGGGAUUCAACAAUCAACCACACUCGUCAAGAUCUAUGUGAGCUAGUGGUGUUUUCAUAUUUCAGACGUCUGGUUCCUCAAGUUCGUUUAUACUAUGUGUAUGUUUAUUGUUUAGUAGUUUAAAGUUGUUCUACCAAGAUUACAAGACUGUGGCGUGCUCUUUUUUCGUUCGUCACAGCGUAUUUAUGUUGUAACUUUGUGUUAUAUUUCAAUGUAAACAUAUGCAA